AUGGCUGGUAUUGCCGCCGGCAAUGAUUGGCCAUCCUUGACAUCAUCAUCCCCCAAGGAAGUUUAUGAGGGAACUAUUCGUAUGCUACUUGACUACGGUGCCGCUGUUUUGGAGCACGUAGAACAUCUUAAGGAAUUGAAAGAAGGCGAGUUAAAUUUUGCUAAUGUUGUGGAACCAUUGUUGGAAAAGGAAAAAGAUAUUAUGUACGCCUUUCACACUAUGUUGUUGAAGAUGUAUACUGAUUGGCCAAUGUGUAGUACCCAGGAAUUUUCUGCUGAUGUGUACCAUGCGAAGUAUACUUGUGCGCGAGAACAACUGAAUAAACUCGCUUACCCAGAAUUCCAAGAUGCUAUAAAAUCACUUUACUCGAGAAGAGAAGGUUUAACUAGUUGGCAGUUUCGUUUACUAGAGUUCUACAUUUUGGAGAUGAAGGCUCUCGGUUUAGACAUCCGAGUUCCUAAACAGUGUAGAGUAAUUAACUCUUGGAUUUCUACUGCGGAGUCUUAUCGAAUUAGUUACUUAGGUUCAAUUAUGUCUACAAAUGAUCAGAAUGUGUUUAAUGUUACUGACCGGUCUACCUUAUCUGAUGCGCCUCCUUACGUUUUAAAAUUACUUGCCGUAGACGAGCAUGAUGUGGAAAACGGGCCUUGGCGAGCAAAUAUGUCACCAAAAACAAUAAUGCCUCUUUUACAGUACUGUUCUGAUAGGGAGGUGCGCCAACUUGCGUGGUCCAAGUGGACAUCACGAGCUAGUUUCGAGCAUGAUUUUUACAAUAACUCUAUUAACAUUGAGGAAAUACGGCAUAACCAAGAGGGCCUUGCAAAGGCGCUUGGUUAUCCUUCAGUUGCUGAACAUCGUUUAGAAAAUAAAAUGGCCGGUUCUCCAGAGAUUGUGAGGAUAUUUUUAAAUGCGUUGAAAAAGCGAAUUCGCCCAGUUUUUGUAGAUCGCAUGGAGGCUUGGACAACAUAUGCAAACGAAAGAGAGGGGAUAAAAAGUGAUUUAAUGCCGUCUGAUUUAUUCUACAUUUGUCGUAAAGAAGCACUUGCGUAUUAUAAUUUGGACAUGAUGAAUUACUUUCCAUUCUGGUCAACGUUCGAAAACCUCACAGAAGUGUUGUCAUACAUUUUUGGUCUGACAUUUAAAAAUAUUUCUGACAAAGAGCUAGAGAGAUGCCAUCCUGAUGUCCGUAUUUAUGAAGUACAAGAUCAAUUCACAGGGCGAUAUUAUGGACGUCUUUACGUUGAUCCUUUCGAGCGUCCAAACAAAAGGAAAGGAUGGAAAGUGCUUUUAGGAAGAAAACGGGGAUGGGAUAAGAUUGUUUAUUUGAUUGCUGAAGCAGAUGCUCCUAAAGCCGAGCUCCCAUCGCUGUUACACUAUUCACAGCUUCAGCAACUCCUUUUUAGUACAGGGCGCGCAGUACAAAUACUGUUAUCUGAAUCUCCUUACCGUGACAUCACUAUACCUUGGGAGCCGACAUAUGCAGCUGAUUGGGAUGCUGCUGAUUUUUUUCCACUUUUCACUGAAUUUUUUGUCUAUAAACCGAACCUGCUCUCUGUAAUAGCAUCUCCGCAUCGAAAAACUGGCCAGGCUUUGACGGAGGAUUCGGCCAAUAAUUUUUCUUUAAGUCUAGCACGCGCUACAUUGUGGGAAUCUUACCGAGCAUUGUUUUGGGCAGACUAUGACCUUACUAUUUUCGAAAUGGAAGAUAGAAGAAAGAAGUUUUGGUUAGAUGUGUAUCGAGACAUGUAUAAGGACUAUUUUCCAUUCCGUAGGGAAAGAAAUGAUUACCAUCCUUGCUCUUUCACUCCAAUAUUUGAUUCUGCCCAGUAUAUGUGCUCGUAUUAUCGCAAGCUCUGGGGAGAAAUGUUAGCUUUCGAUAUUCACGAGACUUUCAACAAUGAAGAUGACGUUCCGACUACUGGAGAACGGCUGAAGACUACAAUUUUAUUAAAAGGAUCUGGAGAUUUGCAAAGUGAAUUGUACCGGAGGUUUCAGGGAAGAGACCCAGUGUUGCAUCCAAUAUGCGAUUUCUACGAUCCUCCCAGGGGACUGCUUGACAAAUUAAGUCGCAAUUUCAGAAAUUUUUCUUGUUCAAGUAUAGAACAGUUUAGCGAAUAA